AGGGAACAAUACUUGUUCAACGUAUUCGAAGCAAUUAUUUCCACAUUGGAAACAAAACUUCAAAGAAUAGAAAACCUGGACAAGGCAGUGGAACACCUGAUGAGAAGAGUUGAAAGUUUGGACACAAGAGUAAACAGUAAUAUUGACAAAACAGAAUCGGUUAUUUCAAAAUUACGAAAUAUCGAUACAAAGUUGUUUCAAAGCACGAAUCAAUUCUCGUUUGUAGCUAAAAAUCCGAAUUCCUUUGGCGAAGAUACGAAUUUAAACAAAAAACUGAUUUCUUUAGAUCAGAAAGUGAGCGAUAUAGACGAUAAAUUAAACGUUUUAAAAAAUCAAUUGGAUAAUAAUUAUUUGCAAGGAGAAGAUAUUAACGUGGAAGCCAGUGAAAAGAAACCAAUUAGUAUGAAUGUAAUUGAGAUUACUAAAGCUUUGAAUACAGAGGUGAUUAAUCACGUAACAAAAGAAUUAGGGCAACUACGAGAAGCUACAGGCAAUGUGGAUAGAAAAUUACAGUUUCAUAUAAAUUUGGUGUCAGAGAAUUUAGGAAAAGUUUUGACUAUGGUUUCAGAUGUACACCACGCAGUAGUUGAAGUAACUCCAGUGUAUUAUAACAGAACCACUACAACUACUACAACAAGUAAACCAGAACAUAUUAGAACAAACAAGAUCGAUGCUCUUGUUCAACAAAUGAGGCCGAUAAUUUCAGUUUCGGAGAAGAUGGAUGAAGUUUGGAACGUAGUAGUGGGAACUAAAAGCUCUGUUGAUGAUUUGGUGCCAAAAUCAGACGAACUUUUAACACAGACGCAAAGACAGGAAAGAGCGAUAGGAGAAAUUCACAGUGAUCUAAGAACGAAAACGAAUAAAAUCAUAGCAAAUUUGGAUAAGGUCGAAAAACGUUUAAAAAAACAGGAAGAUGAUGUUGCUACAUUAGCGCAAAGACCUGUACCUGCAGAGUUGCUCAUAGAUGACCCAAACUUGGACAGAUUGGAAGAUUACGAAUCGACAAGGUACGUGGAUGAAUUUGCCACGGACACCACUUUACCAGUCGGGUUUACCACUUUACCACCUAACGUGGUUACGCAAACUUCAGUAUCGUCGAGUAUACAAAGUUCCGCAAAUAUUACCAGCUUUAAUACUACCACUCCGGAAAAAAGACCUGAGAAAAGGAAGGGAGGAGUUAUUUUUCCAAGCGUCAAAAAUAAACCGGCUCCAGUGAAUUCGACUUUCAUCACAUCGGACCUGCUGCCCAACGUGAAAGACGUGAAGGGAUACUCAUGUAUUGAUCUAAUGAAUGCAGGAAUGAGAACGUCUGGUGUCUUUUUCCUACAAAUCCGUGGUACGACGUAUUGGUUUUUGAAAGUAUUUUGCGAACAAGAGAUUGCGGAAGGAGGUUGGACUGUAAUUCAACGUAGGGAUGAUUUUGGAAAUCCCAGGGAAAAUUUUAAUCGUGACUGGAACGACUAUAAAAAUGGUUUUGGAGAUCCAGCCAAAGAAUUCUGGCUUGGUAAUGAAAAUAUUUACAUGUUGACGAAUAAUGAAGAAUACUCAUUAAGAGUGGAACUUGAGGACUUUGAAGGAAAUAAAAGGUAUGCACAGUAUUCGCACUUCAAAAUUUAUUCAGAGGCCGAAUAUUACAAAUUAGAAAUAGACGGAUACGAAGGAAAUGCCGGCGAUUCAUUGAAUGACCCAUGGUAUGGUAGCAACAAUAGUCCAUUCUCAACGUAUAAUAGAGAUAAUGACAGAUCAAGUUUAAAUUGCGCAUCCAUGUUGAAAGGAGGAUGGUGGUGGAAAUCGUGUGGACGAGGACUAAAUGGACUUUAUCUAAAUGAUCCCCAAGAUUUAACUGCUAGACAAGGUAUUGUUUGGUUCCGUUGGAGAGGAUGGGACUACACCCUAAAGAAAGCAGUCAUGAUGAUAAAACCGAAAGGUUUUGUCAGCGCCACUUAG